CCGCCCGGGGGGCGCGGGCAGACGGCGGCUCGGGGCUGGAUGGAGCGCAGCGCGGCGCAGCCCGGCCGGGCCGGGGGCGGGGAGGCGGCAGCCGGCGCCGGGCUCGCCCCUCCGAGGCGGUAGCGCCGCACCCGGGGCGCGGGACGGGGCUCCUGCCGCUGCUCCUUCCCCUCCGGCCCCCGCGGGGGAUGCUGCUGCCCGCCGAGUGACGCCGCCCGGCAGCGCCCGCAGCAGCAGCAGCCACCGUUCCAAGGGAGGAGGCAUUACCCUGGCUGAAGGCACUGCUUUCUCUCCAUGCUUCUCUAGAGGGGUUCAGAUGGGAUUAAAGUCCACAUGGAGCUAUGGAAAUGGACCAGGAAUUUACUCUAAAAAGAUGGUCAGCUGGGAUUCGAGUUGCCUUAUCUGCCUGGUGGUGGUCACCAUGGCUGGACUUUCCUUGGCUCGACCUUCGUUUAAUUUAGUUGUUGAAGACGCCACGCUGGAACCUGAAGAGCCGCCAACCAAAUACCAAAUCUCUCAGCCAGACGUAUAUUCAGCACUUCCAGGAGAACCGCUUGAGUUGCGCUGUCAAUUGAAAGACGCCGUCAUGAUCAGUUGGACUAAGGAUGGGGUCCCUUUGGGCCCCGACAAUAGGACAGUGAUUAUUGGGGAGUACUUACAAAUUAAGGAUGCUACACCCAGAGAUUCGGGCCUCUAUGCUUGCACAGCUGUUAGGACCCUAGACAGUGAUACUCUGUACUUCAUUGUAAAUGUUACAGAUGCUCUUUCUUCUGGGGAUGAUGAAGACGACAAUGAUGGGUCUGAGGACUUUGUGAACGACAGCAACCAGAUGAGGGCACCCUAUUGGACACACACGGACAAGAUGGAGAAGAGGCUACACGCGGUGCCAGCGGCAAACACCGUCAAGUUUCGUUGCCCGGCGAUGGGGAACCCAACACCGACUAUGCGAUGGCUGAAAAAUGGGAAGGAGUUUAAGCAAGAGCAUCGUAUUGGCGGCUAUAAGGUCCGCAACCAGCACUGGAGCCUCAUCAUGGAGAGCGUGGUCCCAUCUGACAAGGGAAAUUACACGUGCAUUGUGGAAAACCAGUACGGAUCCAUCAAUCACACCUACCAUCUCGACGUUGUUGAGCGAUCACCGCACAGACCCAUCCUCCAAGCUGGUCUUCCAGCCAAUGCCUCUGCCGUCGUUGGAGGGGACGUCGAGUUUGUCUGUAAAGUCUACAGCGACGCUCAGCCUCAUAUUCAGUGGAUAAAACACGUAGAGAAGAACGGCAGUAAAUACGGACCAGAUGGGCUGCCGUAUCUUCAGGUUCUAAAGCAUUCGGGGAUAAAUAGUUCCAAUGCUGAAGUGCUGACACUGUACAAUGUGACAGAGGCGGACGCUGGAGAAUAUAUUUGUAAGGUCUCCAAUUAUAUAGGGGAGGCCAACCAGUCUGCCUGGCUUUCUGUUCUGCCGAGUAUACCAGCUCCGGAGAAGGAAAAAGAAUACCCGACAUCUCCCGACUAUGCGGAAAUAGCGAUUUACUGUGUCGGGGUCUUCUUCAUCGCCUGUAUGGUGCUGACCGUCAUCCUGUGUCGCAUGAAGAACACCACCAAGAAGCCCGACUUCAGCAGCCAGCCCGCCGUCCACAAGCUGACAAAGCGAAUCCCUCUGCGCAGACAGGUAACAGUGUCAGCCGACUCGAGCUCCUCCAUGAACUCCAACACACCGCUGGUGAGGAUCACUACUCGCCUCUCCUCUGCUGCUGAUGCCCCCAUGCUGGCAGGAGUCUCGGAAUAUGAAUUGCCAGAAGACCCCAAAUGGGAGUUUCCUAGAGAUAAGCUGACGCUGGGUAAACCCCUGGGAGAAGGUUGCUUUGGGCAGGUUGUCAUGGCUGAAGCCGUGGGGAUUGACAAAGACCGGCCAAAAGAAGCAGUGACUGUGGCAGUGAAGAUGUUGAAAGAUGAUGCUACAGAAAAAGACUUGUCUGACCUGGUGUCAGAAAUGGAGAUGAUGAAGAUGAUUGGGAAGCAUAAAAAUAUCAUCAAUCUCCUUGGAGCCUGUACCCAGGAUGGUCCGUUGUACGUGAUAGUAGAAUACGCUUCCAAAGGAAACCUGCGGGAGUACCUGCGAGCGCGCCGCCCCCCAGGGAUGGAAUAUUCCUUUGAUAUCAACAGGGUACCAGAAGAGCAGAUGACAUUCAAGGAUUUAGUGUCAUGUACCUACCAGUUGGCAAGAGGCAUGGAGUACCUGGCUUCCCAAAAAUGUAUCCAUCGAGACUUGGCUGCGAGGAAUGUUUUAGUGACUGAAAAUAACGUCAUGAAAAUAGCAGACUUUGGGUUAGCCAGAGACAUCAACAAUAUAGAUUAUUACAAAAAGACUACUAAUGGACGGCUUCCAGUGAAGUGGAUGGCUCCAGAAGCUCUGUUUGACAGAGUUUACACGCAUCAAAGUGACGUUUGGUCAUUUGGUGUGUUAAUGUGGGAGAUCUUCACGUUAGGAGGAUCGCCCUACCCAGGAAUCCCAGUGGAGGAACUUUUUAAGCUGCUGAAAGAAGGGCACCGAAUGGAUAAACCUGCCAACUGCACCAAUGAACUCUAUAUGAUGAUGAGAGAUUGCUGGCAUGCCGUGCCUUCCCAGAGACCGACCUUUAAACAGUUGGUAGAAGACUUGGAUCGGAUUCUUACUCUCACAACUAAUGAGGAGUAUCUGGACCUCAGCGGACCUCUCGAGCAGUAUUCACCCAGUUACCCUGACACGAGGAGUUCGUGUUCUUCAGGCGAUGACUCUGUUUUUUCUCCCGAUCCAAUGCCUUAUGAACCUUGUCUUCCCAAGUACCAACACAUGAAUGGGAGCGUUAAAACAUGAAAGGAGAUCAUACAGAGGAAGAAAGAAACGAGAACAUCAAGCUACCUACCGUAUACAGAACAAAAUCUUUUCUCCAGGACCUGAAUAUUUCUGCUUGUACAUAUGAAAUAUGGAAAAAAACCCCUACCAACAAGAAAAAGGAUAAAAAAAACGUGGAGGCUUGGAGGAAAGCAGACAGAAUAUACAUAAAGAAUCUCAUAACUUGCAACAUUUGAAUAUUCCCAAGCAAGAAGAAUGUUUAGGAGCCGCGUCUACGUACCCAUCGCUAUCCAUUUCCUGGCUUCCUAUGAGCUGCAGCAGACUUUGUUUGUACAAAGGACCAGUUGGACUCGAGGCAAACCCUGCGUCUGCCUUUCUUGUUUAUUUUGUAAUAUUUGGAGAAAAUAUAUGUUGGCACACACUUACAGAGCACAGAUGCAGUAUAUAGGUGCUGGAUGUAUGUAAAUAUAUUCAAAAUAUGUAUAAAUAUAUUAUAUAUAUAUUUACAAUGAA